ACAUCAAGUUCCAUCAAAACCAUCAGCUGGCAGAUUUUGCAUCAGAAAUCGAUUGCUUUCUCGAAAUAUUAGCAAAUUUUCGUUGAAAAAUCUUUUGUGGAAUUAAUCAAUGUGAGAUGUUCUUGUAAAUUAGUUUUCGUGUUACUAAAUAGUGCUGUUGUGCUGUUGAAAGUUUGUCAAUUGAUAAGAUGUUUUCGAUCAAAACACCACGUAUCCAGCAGAAGGAUCUCCAAUGCCUCAAUGGCUGCGGGUUCUACGGCAAUGCCCAAUGGAACGGCCUGUGCUCCAAGUGCUAUCGCGAACGUACGAUAAAGGAACGGCACAUGAAGCUUUAUCGCCCGCUACGGUUCGAGGGUCAUUCGAGUGGAAAGAAGCAAGACUCGCAUCACAGUGGUUUUGGACACAAACCGAGCCUACAGCAGCAGCCGUCACACCAAGGAGAUCAACGUCACGCGGGUAAAGCCACUCAACAUGGUCAGUCGGCAAAAUCCGGGGCAGCUCCCAAGGAGGAGGAUAAAAAGAAAAAACGCAACUUGAUGGACUUGCUGAAAAAAUCCACUUCCAUGAAGGAAUCAGAAAGGCCAUCGCGACAUCAUCAUCACCACGCACACCAUCAUCAUCACCGGCAACCGUUGGACAAACUGGAACAGGAGUAUCAGGAUGCGUUAAAAGCUCUGAAGAUUGACGACGCUUCCAAGCGGGGUCUCAAAUGUUUCAUAGAAAUGUUAGAUCAGGAAAUUCGCAAAAAGCACUCGGAUCGCACCAUUGAGGAGGUGUCGGAUAUCGUACAAAACGGAUACACCAAAUUCCAGGAAUACAUGAAUCUGGAAAAUGCUUCCUUCGUGAAUAUGUCCCAGGAGACCAAAGAGCAAGCUUUGGACUUUUUCGAAAAAUGCAUCAUGACCAUGAACCACGGACGGCUGUUCUCCCCUCCGACGACCGACGACGAGGAGAAGGAUUCGCAAAUUCAGAAACGCAUUCGGCAACUCAGCUGGAUCAGUGCCAAGCAUUUGGUGUGCAGUAUCGACGAGGUCAAUUCGGAGGUUCGCGAUUUGGUCUAUACCGCGAUCACGGAGCUGGUGUCGAUGGAUUCGUUUCAUUCGCCGCAGGAAAAACUGGAAUGCAUAAUCAGAUGCUGCAGGAAUAUUUUCAAUCUGCUGCAGCAAUCCGUUGGUGGUCCUGCUAGUGCUGAUGAAUUCCUGCCGGCGCUUAUAUUCGUUGUCCUCAAGGCAAACCCCGUUCGGCUGCACAGUAACAUAAACUUUAUCACUCGAUUUAGCAAUGCAUCCCGGCUGAUGAGCGGCGAGGGUGGCUACUAUUUCACCAAUCUUUGUUGUGCAAUAUCCUUUAUUGAAAACCUUACGUCCGAGUCGCUGUCGAUGUCCGCAGAGGAAUUCAACGGGCUGAUGAUGGGUGAGAAGGCUGGACCGUCUGCGUGGGAAAGCGCCCUAAUGGCUUGCGAAAGUUUGCAUCUGAUAUCGGAAAAUAUGAAAACAAUGAAAAAGUUGGGUGCUCGAAACGAAGAGAUUUUGAAGGGGAUCGAAACGCUCAAUGAGGACAUCGUGAGUUUCAAGAACGAAAUCAGCCAAAAGGUAACGGAAGUCCUGGAUCGUACACCGCUCGUACUGAAGCCCAUUCGCACACCUCGACGUUUGGAAAAACGGAAUGCACAAAUAUUUAGCACAGCCAGCGGUCAUCAACCUUCUCUAGAUGGAGGCCACUUUCAGUCAAAUCUGAUGGCAGUCAUGAAGGUUGGCGAAACAAAUUUCGACGACGGAAAGAAAUCCGCUAUGGAAGCUUCAUUUGCUCCGCCCACCAAUUUCGACGACCUGGUUCGAAAUCUUUCCAACACGCUGGUCACCCCUCUGGUAUCGGUGGAAUGCGAAAAGAACCUAACACCUUCUCCUUUGCCUGGAAUUAGUGCGAGCAACUCAUCAGACCUAUUAUCGUCAGCUUCGCCCAUUUUCGACUACAACCGGGUGUUCGAUACUCCGAUGGAAGAGAUGGCAACUCCGGAUGACAUGGCCCAUACUUUCAUCAAAGGAAUUCGCAACAUAAACUACGAUUUCGACUUCUCCGACCACAGUGGCGAUAACAGCGUAGCGGAUGACCUGGAUCCUAAACCGUCUGCUUCCGCUGCUCAAAUAAGUCGAUUUGAUCUGGAAGAAUUCGACCCCUUGAUCGCGAAAGCUCGCGUAGACACGAUACCAUCGUUACCACUGCAGCAGCCCAUAGGAGGAGUUGGAGGUAACCUACUGGAUGAGGAUUCACCGCGGGCUCUUCUGCUGGAGUCACCCAUCAAACCAACCGUUGCCGAGUAUCAGGGCUUUUCAUUGCAGGGAUGUAACAUCCCGACCAUAACAUGUGCCGCCGGUGAUAUGGGCGCUUCCGGUUCAGGCACGAAAUCACACCAUCCAAAGCAAUCCUUGGAGAAUACGCUGGGCGGAGGUGGUGGUGAUGGGAGCUUGAUUUAGAUUUAAAUAAUGUGAUUGCAGGUGAGUACUCUAUGUAUGUAGUAGUUUUGUAAGUUCGUUAUGUGUGCUAUAGAUACUGAAGAAGUGUAAAAUAUGUAUUUAUCGAUCCACUUCAGCAAUUAUUACAACGACUGUAUAAUGUUUAUGGAUAAUA